GAGGUUAAACAGACUUUGCUAGUUAAUAGUUAUUGAGUCAUCGCCACCCAUCACUCUCCUCUCCAGUUCUUACUGAUAUAUAUAUCCUUCCAAGUCGAAUCAAGCCAAGCAAAGCCUGGAUCUUUAUCAGGUGAACAAGAAAAAAAAAACCCAGUUGGUAUUGUCAUAGCUUCAUUGGAUUUUGGAGGUCUAUAGAUCAUGAAGUUAUAGAGAAACUUCGUUUCUGGGGUUUUCCCUACAAAUAUGUCCUGUUUUCAGGUGUGCUUGAAGAACAUAGAAGGGGUUGGUCAACAAUUUUUUUUAAUAUGAUAGACUCAAAUUCUCAAUGGCAAAGAAGAGCUGCUGGUUUGGUUGGGUGAAGAAGCUCUUUGAUUCUGAGGCGAAAUCGAAGAGAGAAAAGAGAUCAAAGAAGUGGAGAUGGGUGAUUGGGAUGUUUAAUAAGAUCAGACAACAGCCUGCACUUGCUGCACCACAGACAACAUUAAGUGAAGCAACAGAAGAGCAGAGAAAGCAUGCUCUGAUAGUCGCCAUUGCUACCGCAGCUGCAGCUGAUGCUGCUGUUGCUGCUGCUCAAGCUGCUGCUGAGGUUGUUCGGCUUACAGCGGCUUCUCAAUCACACAAUCAUUUCACAAAGGCGGAUCAAAACUCGGCUGCUGUUAAGAUACAGAGCGCUUUCCGUGCAUAUCUUGCAAGAAAAGCUCUGCGAGCAUUGAAGGGACUGGUGAGGCUUCAAGCCAUUGUUCGUGGCCAAAAUGCGCGUCGAGAAGCUGCCAUGCUAAGGUGUUUGCUGCCCUACAAACAAUUUCCACUGAAAAUACAAGUAAACAGGACUUCAAUUGAUGGUGGAAAUUACAAAGAUGGUGAAAAGAAAAUUUUCCAUUGGCCAAAAGAAGACUUGGGAGAGAAGGAAAUCAAGGUUGAAUACAACACUGGACGAGACUGGGAUUGCAGCUCGCUUUUGAAGGAAGAUAAGGAAGCCAUGUGGUUGAGAAGGCAAGAAGCCACUUGCAAACGAGAGCGAAUGAUGAAAUACUCAUUCUCCAGCCGGGAAAGGAGAAACACUCAAAUGCUUGAAGAAUCAUCGGCCAGGAUGGGAAGUUGCAGAAAAAGCUGGUGGCCAUAUCAAUGUACACAUGUUGAAGGACAAGACAGGGAAGCAUCAGGGAUUUUGAAACAAACUGUUAGUUCGAAUCUGAUUACCAGUGAGAUAUUUGACACCGCACAGGUUAAACUGAGGAAUACACAAAAACAAGACUCCAUCGAAGGACUACAUUCACCUCAUUCAUUUCCGAGAAGAUCAUUUUGUCGCACGCAAAGGAAUAUAGCUGAAGAUGAUGCCAGUUCGAUCCCAAAUUCUCCAGUAUUCCCAACUUAUUUGGCUGCAACAGAAUCUGCUCUGGCAAAGGCAAGGUCAAGUAGCACACCUCGUCAACGAGUAAGAUUGCUGGAUGCUUAUGUUAAAAACAGCUUGCCACAUAAAGAUGAACUCUCUUAUUGGUCUUCCAUUAAUGGUGAAUCCUUUAGCACCGACACACACAGUCGUUCUUCUACGCAGGUGAUUCUGUAGACAAGAACUUUCAUUACUCAAAUCGAAAGAUAUCCUCUCUGGUACUCGACAUGAAUUCCCGUAUUCAAGUUGAAGUAGUGGCUUAAGUUCUUCGCUGAUGAGGUUUUGAGAAACAUGAAGCUUGAUUCAAAAACCAGAGACAAGAAGAAAUCUCUGAGAGGAUGACAUUGCAGUAUAUAAAUCUUGUUUCUUUGUGGGUUUUUUUUUUUUUGGUUUCUUUAUGUUUUCUUUUACACAGAGUGUGAAGGCUUGAAGUAUUCUCUUCUUUGCUGCAUAGGUUAUUAUGUGCAGAAAAAUUUAAGUUGGAUAAUGUGCAAUGAAAGGUUUGUUUUGUGUUGGGAAACU